UGAAUGAUUUGGACUGAAUUAUUUAGUAGGCUCUGGCCAUCAUCACGUUGUUAUCUAGUGGUAGUGCUAAGUGUGAAGCCCAUGUUCAUAGAAAUGCGGAUAGUUCCGGUUUCUGCAGGCCGUUCAUGACGGGCCUAAAGAAUUUAUUGUUAUUAAUAUUAAUAUAUUUGAAGCCGGUGUUUGUAUUAUUGGUGUUUGUGUAUUAUUUAUCACUGCACCUUUUUAAAUAGAAUUGGGUCAACUGUUUGACAGUCAUGUCAGUUUUUUCAGUUUUGGUACUUGCUACUACGAUCUCUGUCUCUUUACAGUUGAACUGUGGCACCAAUUACACAUAUGUUGUGGAAUGGGAGCGGAAUUGGUGCGCAGUACAAAAUUGUUAUUAUGAUGAAAAGACAGAGUCCUGUCGAGAGUGCUCGGCAUGUAAUCAAGUAUUCAGAUUGGAAUCUGAUGGACCAAUGCUGCAAUGCCUGGUAGAGCAUAGCGAUCAUCACCUAUGUGCUCCUUCUGAAUUAACAUUCUCUAGUUUUUUUGAAGACAAAAUGGCCCUACCUAUCUGUUUCAUAGCUAGUUUGCUGUUCACAAUGCUGGUUAUAGUGGGCAUGUCUUCUAUGGCCAAUCACUGUAUCCUCAACAAAUGUUAUUGGUUGCCAAAAAUUCAAAAGACAUCCAGAUAUAUAAGUGGUGAGAGGCUUAAAAAUAUUGAGAUUCGGAAAUUGUACCGGCAUGUCGCUAAAAAGGUGGAGAAGAUUGCUAACUCUCUGUCUAUCCAAAUACGGGAUAUAAAGCCAGUAGGUGGUGAUCAAUAUUCCAGGGAAGAACUCAGUUUUCGCUUUCUUGCGAGACUCAGUAACAGUGAAAAUGACAUUGCCAAAAUUGCGCAGACCUUCUGCAAAGUCGGAUAUGGUGAACUUCUCUACAGAGUAUUUACUAAUCAUGAUAUAGUGGAACCUGAAGUUCCAGAUGAUCAGCAUGAUUUGAUGAAACUGGAACCUGAAGUUCCAGAUGAUCAGCAUGAUUUGAUGAAACCUGAAGUUAUUCUGAAUCUCUGUGAUAAACUUUAUAAACACCCGGAUUAUGCCAGAUACCAGUUUGAGAUUGCAAUUGAACUACAUUUUGAUCUACCAGAUCUUGAUAACUGCCGAUCAGAGGGAUUUCUAAGCAAAGAUGCUAUGCAAAGAAUAUUUGCUACAAAAAAUCAAGAGAUCAAGUACUCUUUUCAAUACAUUCAACAAGUUUUACAGCGUGCUCAAAUUCCAAAAUCACUGUUGCAAAGUGCCCAGAUUCACCCACCUGACUAACCAAUGUUAAGUUUAUAUUUCAACAAUAUUUUAAAAUUGUUAAUUGAGUUUAUUUUUUGUUAAAUUUGUACUCUUAAGCCGGGCACUUACUGCGUCGCCGUAUGACCAUCGCACAACGAAUCCAACUCCGCUCUUUGGGAGCGAUAGACGAGGCGACGCCGUCUGAUGAUUGUCAGUGGCAAUCUGAACGGAUCCUCAUUAAAAAGACGAUCCGUUGGUUCCGCGCCGUUGUGUGCGUUCGUCGUCGCGUUGCUGUCUCGAGCAGUAAGCACCCUGCUUUAUAGCUGUUUUACAAGGUCGGUUGAUACAGUAUUCAGGGCCUUCUUAAAUAUAUGAAAUAUAAGAUGCUAAACUAAAGCUCUGUUCAUAUUGACUAUUUUUAAUCAAACUACUGUAAUAAGCCAGUUGGUAGUUUGAACUGAGCAUGCCCAUAUCAUAAGGUCAAUCAACUCGGGUAAAGGUAGAAAAAUAACCCGUGACUUAUAGCUUUAACAAGGCUGCAAUGUGCACAAGUGUGGACCAGCUCAUUCAACGUUAUUCUUCUCCCCCUAGGGUCACAUCCUGUCCAAUCAACUGCCAAGAGGUGCAUUUUCAUAAAUGUCCACAACGACAGGGGCUGAAUGCACCAGUACACUGGGGUAACCCCUUAAUCUUCUUGAAGGAAAUACUGAGAUUUGCACAUGAACCAAUUGUGUACACUGAGUCUGCAGUUUAUAGACCUUAUGUGAGAAGAUUUGCUCCAUCUGCAGAACCAUAAGUGAAUGUGCCGUUCGAACCAGCGCCAAUAUUAUGCUUCUCGGUUGCGUCGCCCCUGCCUUAACCGCUUGGCCAAAUAAACCUAUGUAGUGUGUAUGUUGAUUUAUGUUCAUUGACCUUGAUACGGACAUUCGCAAGUUCAACUGAGUGAAAAUUUAUUUUGGUCAAAAUGAAUCCAAUGCAAACCUGGUGUAGGCCUCAUUACAUUUUCAUAUAAAGUCAUGAGAAAGCAUUCUGUGUCACAGGAGUUGAAUUCAACACCCUGGAAUUGGAAAGCAAGCACAGGGGAGCACCAGUGGAGGGGGUGGGCAAUUGGGGAGAAAAACCACAAUUUGUGGGGAAGGGAAAAAAAUGUAUUGUUUGAAGGUUAUGUAUUUUUUUUUGUAUUGUUUGAAGGUUAUGUAUAUGUAUUUUUAGUUCCUUUGUAAAUGCAAUAGGAACUAUUGUAUUCACUUUCUUGCUUGUGUGUGUGUAUAUGUAUGUGUGUGUAGACAUCUUCUGGAAAAGUUUUCCAACCUUUUGUUUUACUGACAGUGACAUGCCUAAUGGUACUCUUGGGAUUAGUUUACUAACUAGUUGUUGUAUU